CGGAGGGUUCUGCUAUUGGUGGUGGAGGCAGCCAAUGAAGGACUGAGGCUGUUUGCUCCGGAGGGCGGAUAAAAAACACCGGGUGGGACCGCGGCGGCGCGCACAGCGGUGGGAGCGGGGCUGGGGGUUGAAGCUCGGGACGAGGCUGCACUUCUUACGCAGCCAUGGCACCCACACUUGCUACCGCUCACCGCCGGCGCUGGUGGAUGGCAUUCACAGCCAUCAUUGAGAAUCUGCUCUUCUCAGCUGUCCUGCUGGGCUGGGGGUCCCUGCUCAUCAUGCUGAAGGCAGAAGGGUUUUAUUCCUACCUGUGCCAUGAAUCAGGAAACUUCACUGACAGCCCUGAGCCUGAGAACAGCACCUCAACAGAGCACAAAUGGCCCUCGUGCAAUGCACAGGAUGAGAUGCUGAACCUGGCCUUCACCGUCGGCUCCUUCCUGCUCAGUGCCAUCACUCUGCCCUUGGGCAUCGUCAUGGAUAAGUAUGGCCCUCGCAAGCUGCGGCUGCUCGGCAGCGCCUGCUUUGCUGUGUCCUGUGUGCUGAUCGCAUAUGGUGCCAGCAACCCCAACUCUCUAUCUGUGCUGAUAUUCAUCGCGCUGGCUCUGAAUGGCUUUGGUGGGAUGUGCAUGACCUUCACAUCACUCACGCUGCCCAACAUGUUUGGUGACCUUCGUUCCACGUUCAUUGCUCUGAUGAUUGGCUCCUAUGCUUCCUCUGCUGUGACCUUCCCAGGAAUCAAGGUUAUAUAUGACUUUGGGGUCUCCUUCAUCCUUAUUCUGCUUGUCUGGGCAAGUUGUGCAGGACUAGUUUUCCUCAACUGCUUCUUCAACUGGCCACUGGAGCCCUUCCCAGGACCAGAAGACAUGGACUAUACGGUGAAAAUAAAGUUCAGCUGGCUGGGAUUUGACCACAAAAUCACUGGGAAGCAGUUCUACAAGCAAGUCACAACAGUGGGACGCAGGCUGAGCGUGGGGAGCUCCAUGAAGGGCCCCAAAGAGUCUGCAGCCUUGCAAGAGAACAACAAGCUCUGCCUGUCCACAGUGGACCUUGAAGUGAAGUGCCAGCCUGACAGCACAGCUUCUCCCUCCUUCAUGAAGAGUGUCUUCAGCCCCAUCUUGCUGCUCAGCCUCAUCACCAUGUGUGUCACCCAGCUGCGGCUCAUCUUCUACAUGGGGGCCAUGAACACCAUCCUUGAGUUUCUGUCUGGAGACGAAAGCCAAGUGAGUCUCUACACUUCCAUUUUUGGGGUGCUCCAACUGCUGUGCCUGCUGACAGCGCCUGUGAUUGGGUACAUCAUGGACUGGAGGAUGAAGGAGUGCGAUGAUGGCUCUGAAGAGAACGAGGACAGCAACGCUGAGCAAGGCGACAAGAAAAAGAAAAAACGUGAUCGUCAGAUCCAGAAAAUCACCAACGCCACCAAUGCCUUCGCAUUCACAAAUGUCCUGCUGGUUGGAUUUGGAAUCACCUGCCUCAUUCCCAAUCUACCGCUGCAGAUUCUUUCCUUCAUAUUGCACACAAUUGUGAGAGGAUUUAUCCACUCAGCAGUGGGAGGCCUCUAUGCAGCUGUAUACCCCUCUACUCAGUUUGGUAGCUUGACAGGGCUGCAGUCAUUGAUCAGUGCACUUUUCGCCCUUCUGCAGCAGCCUCUGUUUAUGGCAUUAACGGGACCUCUGGAAGGAGACCCUCUCUGGGUGAACGUUGGCUUGCUUGGUUUGAGCUUACUUGGCUUUUGCCUUCCGAUCUACCUGGUCUGCUACAAACGCAGGCUAGAAAGAGAAAGAAAACAGAAGAUCGAAGAUUCCAAACUCUUCCUCAAAAUCAAUGGCACUCCCAAUGAGGAAGCUUUUGUUUAAACUGGUGCUUCAAACACAACCUCCCCUGUACAGGUUCCUACCGUAUCCGUGGGUUCUACCUGUGGUGUAAGCCAGGUUUUUUCUCUCCUGGCUUUGUUCAUCACUGGAGUGAGGGCUGGACAUGAUGACUGAGCUUUCCUCAGAUCUAUGGCAGGAGGAGACUUCACACUCCUUACUCCAGAACACAAGACUUUUUUUUUUUUUUCCCUUUUAUAAAGGCCACACAGAUAUUGUGUCUUAAAUCACACUCUCCAGCUGCAGAGGCUCUGCAUAGGAAACUGGGAGAGAAGGAACAGAUGGAUGGGGGAAGAGGGAAGAAAGACCUUAAUUUGAAUUAGCAAAUGUAACGUGCUGAACUCUGUUCUCCCUCCACUUCUCCCAACUCGGCUGACUGUCUCAGAUGUAAGUUGCACUCUCCUCUCUUCCUGAGGCUUCAUAAUGGUCUUUCUGCUCGAUACGUAGCUGGACUCAGCAGUUUUACUGCCUAUCCAGAGGUAUCCCAGACUGUUUCUGAGGCAGGGAAGGGGAUUUAUUCCUUCGUAUAUUAUCACGGCUUCAGUGUAUUGCUAAAUGUUGGCUGCUAGCACUGACAGCUCCCAAAUGUUUUAUUACUACAAUGACACAGACUGUGAGCAAUGGAUCUGCCUUCCACACAGAAAUGAAGAGCCUACUGAACUGUUCUUGGUCCUACACCAAGCCUUCAAAGGCCUGGUGUUCUUCUCUUCCCAGCCUGUAAGCCACCCGUACACAUUGUAAACUGCCUGCAGUCCUGGAACUGUUGAGAUAGGAAUUGGAUCUCGUUUACCGAUGAAGUGCUUUUGAGACUUGUUGCCUUUUGCCUCUUCCUCCCUCCAGCGUGACCCUGGGAGGGGAGCAGCAGCAUGUAGUUACUGAAGUGGAGAAGCUUCUUGAAGCUGGGUUGUGGGGCUCCAAAUACCUUGGUGUUCACUUGUCAUAAGCUGACCUUGUUGUAAAGAGUCGAGAGUGCAGAACACUCCUUGUGUUUGGUAACUGGAUCCUGUGGAUGUAUGGCAGGGUGAUGUGGCAAAAGAAUUCUUCCUCUAGCCAUAGCUUAUCUACAUUGUUCUGACAUAGGCUCCAAGCUGCUGAACGCCAGGUUACUCUGACCAAAAAGCUGCUGGUUUGGCUGUAUUAAAAGCCUUCUGUGUUGUCGGUGCUCUGUCUGGACAGAGUACGUGGUGACUGAUUGUAUGGUGAAGCUGACUUGUAGAGCAAUACAUGUGGGUGAAGGCGCCCCAGGGCCUAUUUGCCAUAGAAGGAAUACAAAGGGAAUUCUUAACCCGCUUAUUUUUAUAAUGGUUUUCCUAGGCCUCAUCUAAAGUAGACAUUCCUCCCUUUCACCUUCCCGUUGAGGUCAGCAGCUCAGCCUCUGUAGCUUGUGACUCAUGUUAGCCACCACACGUUGCGUGCAGCACUGCAAUGGGCUGAACUAGUGACUGCAGGGAGGAUGGCGGGGAGAAAUAAAUCAAUUAUGAAGAUGGAGCAUCUUCUGAGCUGCCAAUUCCAGGUCGCUGGGAUGACGGGCUGUGUGGGACGGCAGCGCCAUCUUGAGUUGCUGCCCUUGGCCACCCAGUGGCAGUUCAGUGGAUGCUCUACUCAUGGUACCUUUUAGUCUCCAAUAACUUAUUGGGAAAUGACUUGCCACUGAACGUUUUACACAUCUGUGGGUUUAUUUUUUAACGUGUUGCCUUUAUUAAAUGUGUUUGUUCCAAGGCAGCCUCAUUGCCUGCUGUCAACCCUAUGCUGUUAUAAAGAUUUUCAUUCUUCUGUUGGCCUCUAGCUUUGGCAAUGACUUGCCCACAUUCCCAGCUCUACGCUCUUUAUAUUGAGUGAUGAUGGAGGCAGCCUUUUAGUCUGAUUUCCUCUUCUCCUGGUACAUUUCUAGAGACCCACCAGCACUAGUACAGCUUUCCUGGAUUUCCAGAGGGUUUUUGCGGGUUUCUGCAUUCUAUCUCAUUACACUUCCUUCUAAAAACCAUUGGAAAGAUUUCUACUUUUGCUCCGAGGUAUUUUACAUGACAGUGAUGUUACCCAUCUUUUUUUUUUUUUCCAUUGAGCUCUCAGACAGGUGAACGAUUCUGAGCUGCAGCCCUGAGCCUCACAGCAUCCCUAAUAGAUCUGAAGGAUGGCUGUGUGCUAACUCAGCACUUCCACCUUCAGUUCAAAACAGUGAACGUGAUAUCGUCCACUUCAAUGCUGUUUGGAUUCCUGAUUUAAAUGCCUCUGCAAAAGAGAAGUACAGAGAGAGCACAGCGGAGAUGCAGCUGCUUUUGAAGUGUGUGUAGCUAAAUUAAACAGAGAGCACCCAUUUAUUCCUGCCAUCUACCUCCCUACUGCAGUUCUCAGUUCCUGCCCUUUAUUAGGGAAAUUGUCUGAUCCGAUAUUGUUUCCCCUGAUAAAACACGGGGUGUAUGUGGUUGUUGUCUCUGCUCAUGUGUCACAGUGUGAAGAAGCUGCCGGUCAGCUUUGGAGAAUAGAGCUCAUGCCUUUUGAGUCGUGUGUUUUUAGGCUAAGAGUAAAGCGUGCCUUUGGCUUGCAGUUUUAAGAACAGGUGGGUACACAAUGGAUUUUAAUUGUUUAGGGCUAAGCAGACUAAAGGGAGUGCUUUGUCACGCAGCCCAAAGUCAAUCAGUGAAACGUGUUGCUGUAGAACGUGAUAGGGAACUGAUUAUUAUUGUUAUUAUUUAAACACAAGGGACUAGUUAAACAAUGGUUUGAUGCAUCCAAUAACUCAGGGAUUUUAGUUGCUGUAAAUAAGGAAGUUACACCAAGAGAUUAAUCUUUUUUCUGCAUGCUCUGUGUCCAAGAAUAUGUUAAAGACUGAGAAAAUACACACUGGGCUGGGUAGAAUGUUGAUCUGAUCUGACCUCGUGGGGUUUAAUUUACUCUGACAAUUGUGAACUAAACUAAUUUUAAUGUCAGUCUCAAACUUCUCUAUCUACCGAUCUGUUUCUGCAUGUGAGAUGUGCACCCACUGUGCUUAUUGUGACCUAAUUGCUUAAAUGCUGAACCUUAUGUAAGGGUGGGCUGUGAGAAGAUGAAGUAUGAAAAGGCUUCAGCCUAAACAUUACCUUGGAUGCUGCAGAAACCAACACUGUUGAGAUGGUCCUGUUAAAUAUGACUGUUUGGGGUAGUUUGCCUUGUUCUUUGAUGCCUGUGGAAAUGAGGCUGCAGAUUCCUUAUAUUUGGAAUGGAAAACAGCACACUCUUUGGUGUUCAUGAGCCACCCCUGUUGGAAAAAUAAAAGACAACCAAACAUUGGACAGCCAAAUCAAUAAGAUCAAUAAUGCAUUCACCUGCCAUUCUCCAGUACAGCUCAAUAUACAUACGUAGCUAUGUUAUUCCUAGAGGCCAGCAUAUGUGGGUUGUUCGGUGGUGGUGGGGCUGUUUUCUUGCUUCCAAUCACUUGUAUUAGAAAUGUGAAGGGAUGGUCGUGGAAAAAGCUUCAUCUUCUCAGCAGAAGCAUCCCCAGGUGAAUGUAAUGAAGCAGAAACAUGAUGGCACCUAUAAAUGCCACUUCACUUAGCCCCGGUCUCUGGAAACUCUCGUGCAUUUAAUGCUUUGGUUUCUGUUUGGUUUGUUUGUAAGAGAAACCAAAUGGGGAAGGAAGGGUAAUAGGUUUUUCUUUCCCCCUAAUUUCUCAUUACCUAAGCCUCAUCAAGAGCCUUCACAGUAGUAAUACAACAGCGCUACCACAGAGAAAAGCUGUGCUGCUUUUCUUAUUUGGAGACCUAUAUAACAGCAUUGAGUUAUUGUCAGAGUAUCUGGAUCCUCAACAUGAAGCUGGAUGUGGAUAUCUAGAAAAAUAAGAGAGCAAAUUGUGCUGACAGUCCAACUUAACAGCAACAAAUGGAAUGUUCAGCUCUCACAGCAAAGCCCAGCCAAUAUCCUCUGUCUGCAAAGGAAACAUGGAGGAUAAUGAGCAGUAAAACGUUUGCAAGUAGGAGAUUUUCCUCUUGACAGGCUGAUGGAUUUGGGAAAUACACUGCAAAAUAUAAAGCAGAUACUGCAGGGCAAAGAGAAUGGCAUCUUAAAAACUGCAAGUUCUGUUGUUUUGUUGUUCCCUUUAAGUGUUGGUUUUAUUGUUUUAUUUUCCUGCAUCUGCAGAGCUUCUGCUAUUUCCCUACCUCUCUGUUCUGAAAUGCACAGUUCAUAAUACAAGCUAAUAUCACACCAGGGUUCCAAAAAACAAUAACAACCACUCUAAAUAACAUUUUGCCAUCAUCCCCUUUGGAAAUAGCUCUAACAGUGCCGUGUUCUGUAGGUGCAGUCUGCCUUGUUAACUAUAACCCCACAGCUUGUUUUUCUACCUGCUUGUCAUGCAAUCUGUUUUUAUCAGGUGUGCUGUGCUCCGUGCUGUCAUCCUCUUCCACUCCCUUAUUACUCCUGGAAUAGCCCCAUUAUCCAGACAUCCCAUUACCCCUCCUCCUGUUGCCAAGAUUUGUUUCACAGCGUGUUUGCUAACACUGAAAUGUAAGCACUCUGUGGCAGGCCGGUGUCACCUUUAUACGUGUCUGUAAGGUGAUGUGCAUUCUCCCAGUGCUAACUACAAAUAAAUGUGGUAUUAAGUUAA